GCACGCUGUUGUCAUUCAGUGUGUCAGAGGGGUUCUGCUAUGGUCUGAGCUCAUUAUCUGAGGGUUAUCUGCCACUGCUGGCCAAGGGUGGACCUGGUUGGACUUUGUCUAGAAGAAUCCUCUGCUCCUGGGGGCUGUGCAGCUUCUAUCUCCGGGUUUCCUGGACAAAUCGCAAAUCCACUGUGGCUGUGUGCGUGUUCCAGCUUCGAAGCUUGAUCGAGAACAGCUGUGCGCCCAUUUUUGGGUGAAUUCCAGGAAGGUAGGAGUCCUUGAGCUAAGGGUGGUGAGGUCCUGCUGAAGAACUCAGCCAGAGUAGCCAUGCCGCCCGCCGUCGGUGGACCUGUGGGUUACGCUCCUCCCGAGGGUGGCUGGGGUUGGGCUGUCGUGGUGGGAGCCUUCAUCUCCAUCGGCUUCUCCUACGCCUUCCCCAAGUCCAUCACGGUCUUCUUCAAAGAGAUUGAGGUCAUCUUCGAAGCCACCAGCAGCCAGGUCUCUUGGAUCUCCUCCAUCAUGCUGGCAGUCAUGUACGCUGGGGGUCCAAUAAGCAGUAUCCUGGUGAACAAGUACGGCAGUCGUCCAAUCAUGAUGAUCGGUGGCUGUCUGGCCGGCAGCGGACUGGUGGCUGCCUCGUUUUGCAACACCGUGGAGGGGCUCUACUUCUGUGUUGGGGUGAUUGGAGGCUUAGGGUUGGCUUUCAAUCUCAACCCGGCGCUCACCAUGAUCGGAAAGUACUUCUACAAGCGGAGGCCCAUCGCCAACGGCAUCGCGAUGGCGGGCAGCCCAGUCUUCCUGUCCACUCUCGCCCCCCUCAACACUUGGUUCUUCGACCAUUUCGGCUGGAGAGGAAGUUUCUUGAUCUUGGGGGGGCUUCUGCUCAACUGUUGUGUGGCCGGGUCCCUCAUGAGGCCCAUCGGACCCAAGCCAGCUCUGGAGCCGUCCCAGGACACGGGCAACACCAGGGUGGAUGGGAAGUCCGUGGAGCGGAAGACCUUAAUGCAGAGGAUCAACUCCGUCAUCGACCUCUCCCUCUUCGCCCAUCGGGGAUUCCUGCUCUACCUCCUCGGCAAUGUCAUCAUGUUCUUCGGCCUCUUUGCCCCGUUGGUCUUCCUCAGUAAUUACGCCAAGAGCAAAGACAUCCCCAAAGACAAGGCCGCCUUCCUGCUCUCUAUUCUGGCCUUUGUGGACAUGGUGGCCCGACCCUCAAUGGGAAUCGUGGCCAACACUCGAUGGGUCCGGCCCCGCGUGCAGUACUUCUUUGCCGCAUCGAUCCUGUACAACGGCGUGUGCCACGUGCUGGCUCCGCUUUCUGAAGACUACACGGGCUUCGUGAUCUAUUCCAUCUUCUUCGGCUUCGCCUUCGGAUGGCUGAGCUCCGUGCUCUUCGAGACGCUGAUGGACCUGGUCGGGGCACAGCGGUUCUCCAGCGCCGUGGGUCUGGUGACCAUCGUGGAGUGUGGACCCGUGCUGCUGGGCCCUCCUGUCCUGGGCCGGUUUAAUGACAUUUACCAUGACUACAAGUACACUUACUAUGGCUGCGGAAUCAUUCUGAUGGUGGCCAGCGUUUUCCUGUUUGUGGGAAUGGGCAUCAACUACAGGCUCUUGGCGCGGGAAAAGCGGGAGGAGGAGAGGCUGGAAAAACUGGCGGGGGAGGACGGAGACCGAGCCGGGAAGGAGAAGCGGGAAGACGACGUGAACACGCCCCUCAAGGCCAGCGACCCUGACAAAAUGGCCGAGGACACAGUGUGACGGCAAAGGAGAAGAUCCUGCGGACACGGGGAUCGUGUGGGAAUUUGAAUAGGUUGUACUUCCACUUGGGUUCAGCAGAUGGCAGCAUUUCUUAAAGGGGGAAAAAAACCCUUUGCUCUCCAGAAUCGAUGUUUGUCACUGUGAGAUGCAUCGUAAUAAUAUAACAUUCCUGCUAUAUGGCAAAAUGUUACGGGGGGGUGGGGGAUUAAUAAUAACCAGCCCAACCCCCCUUCACUUCAUCAAUGGUCCUCAAACUACCUGCAUGUGUAUACAAAUGAGAGGGUUAAGUGUGGGUUUUCCUUUAUUGGGGGGAGGGGGUGUCAGUGAGAGUCUGUAGCCUUUUGACUUGUUGCACACGUGUUUAUCUUGUAGCUCACACGAGAAGAUGGACUCUACUUGUUCCAUCUCAAGUAACUAUGUAUGUAGAUUUGCACUCCACAUGCGGUGGGCCCUUUCCAGCAUCCCCUGCACACGUAUGAUAGUUGCCCCAGUUGUGCCUAUCAGCCUGCUAAUCAACCCCUAAUCCUGUCCAUGCCGUUCAGGUCCCUAACUAAACUGACUUUUUUUUUGCAGGGUUUUAUUAUUUUGUAUUUUUUCUGGCAUAGUGACAAGUCUGGCUUUUUUCAUGUCACGAUGCAAAGCUCACCAUGAGGAAGUUCCCCUCGUAAUUUAAAAUUAGCAUUAACUAGUGGGCGUGCGUCGACACAUUGCCGCAAAUGCACCUAGCAUAUAAGUCUGCGUAUAAGUCGAGCACAAGAGGAAUUCACGUUAAACACAGUGGUCGUAUUUAACAGGAAGAGACUAAAAUUUCCUUUCCCACUGUAUCCCUGCACAGGGGUCUUUUAAAAUCUCCCUUUCAUAUGUAGUUUUUCUCCUCUUCUCUCCCUAAAAAUAACAAGCCACUGAUUCCCUUCUUCCGUUUUCUUUGUGUCAUGUACCGUUUCAGACAACGUUACGAAUUUGUUCCGGUUUGUAAUUCUGGACAUUUUCCCAGUGUUAAAUACUUCUGUCUAUUGUGAAUAUUGAGUGUCUGGAUUUAGAGGUUGAUAUUCAAAGCGUUCGACCGGCAUUUGCUUAGAUUGUGCCGCAACAUCAGAACUAUUUCCGCUGUUUUCCAAUGUGUGUGUUUUUAUUUUUUUUUUUAUAGGUCUAAGGUAUUUAAACUUAGGUUUUUCAGCACCACACUUUGCAGUGACACUCUUUUAGUGCUUUCUGCCCCCUACCCCCCCUCCUGUGCCAAUCUUUAUGAACAGGAAAGAGAGAAGUUUGCCUUGAUGUCGAGUUGCAGUCGUCUUGGCAGUUGGCACUAUGCUCAGUAGUGCAUCAUGGUGUAAACUAAGAUUUUUUUUUGCCUUUGUGCCUUAGUGUCACAUACUGUAUAUCUACAAAGCCAAAGGGUUGUUGAUGUCAAGUUGUAAACUGCCUACUACAAGUUGUCGUGCCCUGAUAACAGUGACGGUAACCUAGGAGCAAACAAUUUUAAUUCAUCCAUGUCAAACUGAUGUAAUUGUGCACUGACAGAGAGCGGAAAUGUAAGCUAAUGUAAUUAAGCCUGAACAUGUGUCUGGUGCUGCUGCCAGCAACUACUGCAAAUUUUAUAUGCGAGAGCGUUUCCAGUUCGUUUCAAGGGUAUGGGUUUCCUUUUUAUCUUUAAGGGUUGUCAGAAUUCCUAAAUCUGGCUGCUAAUUUAACGUCUGAUUCGGUGUUUUGAUUUUAGUUGUUGAUUUCUUGGAGGUAAUCCGACCACUGCUUUUAAUGAAGGUGUGUGUUGUAGUGCACAGAGCUGGAAUCUCAUUGCAGUUUGCACAUAUGGAUUGAAGCCUCCAAAGUACUCCGUGUUUAACCCUUUGCCCCUCCCUCCAAUUAGUUUUUAAUAAACAUAUUCCCUGACUUACCUGCAUGCUCACGGAGUCAUAUGAUGAUUUCAUUAUCUGACAAACUAUCGUGCAGUUACAUCGUCAAAGGCCAUUUAAAUUUGCUAGUCGGAUGCCUACCGGCUAUUUAAAUCCAAUAUCUCAUCAAAGAUAUAUAUCACUGAAAUAGGCCAAAACAUUUAGGCAAAAUUUCUAAUUGUACUGGACAUCAAAUCCAGAGUUAAUGGUGACUAAACACGCUUUGCUCUGCAGUGCUGCAUUUAUUACAGAAUAAGCGUAACUAAAACCUGGUCCCUCCUAUGCUUCAGCUUCAUUUAUAUACAAUAAGGGUUUUUCUCAAUUUGUGAUGAGUAGAUUUAGAAAGUAAUUGGAACAUUCUGUAACAUUGCAUGGGACUAUUUUAGCCCUUGUAAUUUAAGUAGGUUUGUUCUUGGUGACAACCUGAAUCAAAUAUUGCCUUGAAUAAAAUUUUGAAAUGUUUUUUUUACAGGUAUGUAAAAUACAUUUCUGGUUUCCUCACCUCUGUGUUUGAUGGGUCCAGACUGGAAGGAAAGUAAUUUAAACGAUGUGCAAUUACUUCACGUUUAGUUUUAAGGAGUGUGGAAAACACUAAGCACAUAACUGACGGACCAUAUUUUAAGGUGCCCUGCCCAAGAAAAGUGAAACAACUAUUAUCCUUGCCUACGUUUUUAGAACGAAGUAUUAAGCCUUUUUGUGUAAUUCAUAUCAUAGUAUUUUUUGUGAAGACCCAAUGUUUAGCUGAUAAAAUUGUAUUUUAUGCAAUAUUAAAUGAAUUGACUAAA